AGGAGCACGUAGGAGCGCAGAGGAGCGCAGAGGAGCACGUAGGAGCGCAGAGGAGCGCAGAGACGCCGCUCCGGACUGGUGGCACCCCGACAGCGCGCUCCCUUCACGGUGAAACAUGUUGAGGAGGUCCCUGGGACUCGCCGGGCUGCGGCGGAGCCGUCAGCCGCUCGAGGGGCUCCAGAGGGCGGCGGCGGCUGCAGGGUCGAGCCCGGCGGUCCGCCGCCGAGACGUGACCUCCAGCAGCACCGUGGGAGUCAGCAAGCCCAGAACCAUGGAGGACCUGGGUGGACCGAGCCUCAUGACCACACUGUACUGGCUUUUUAUUAAGGGACAUUUUCAAACCACGCAACAGAUGCAAAUUGAGCACAAGAAGAUCUAUGGUCACUUAUGGAAGUCUAAAUAUGGCCCCCUGGUUGUGGUGAACGUGGCCAGCGCUGAGCUCAUAGAGCAAGUUCUGAGGCAGGAGGGGAGACAUCCGGUCCGGACUGACAUGCCCCACUGGAGGGGCUACAGAGAGCUCAGGAACCAGGCCCAUGGACCCCUAACAGAGAUGGGAGCCAAGUGGCUGCGCAUACGCAGCAUAUUGAACCCCCGCAUGCUGAAGCCCAAACACGUCUCCUCGUACACCAACACCAUCAACGACGUGGUGACGGACUUCAUCAACAGAGUGUCGUGGCUGAGGGACACCGGCGGACAGGGACACGUGGUCAGUGACCUCACAGGAGAACUCUACAAGUUUGCUUUUGAAGGGAUCUGCUCAGUUUUGUUUGAGACUCGUAUGGGCUGCUUGAACGAAGCAGUUCCAGAGGAAACCCAGAAGUUUAUCUUCUCCGUGGGGGAAAUGUUCCGGCUCUCUCCCAUCAUCGUCCUCUUCCCCAAGUCCGUGUGGCCCUACCUGCCAUUUUGGAAACAGUUUGUGGCGACCUGGGAUCAUCUGUUUAAAGUUGCUGAGGAGCUGGUUAACAAAAAGAUGGAGGAGAUCCAGAACAACGUGGACCUGGAUAAGAACGUGGAGGGGGCGUAUCUGACUCACCUGCUGCUCAGUGACCAGAUGACCGUCACAGAGAUCCUGGGCAGCAUCACCGAGCUCCUGUUGGCAGGAGUCGACACAACCUCCAACACCAUCUCAUGGUCUCUGUACCAUUUGGCAAAAGAGCCCAAGAUCCAAGAACAGCUGUACCAGGAAGUGGUCGGUGUUUGUCCUGGAGAUAAGGUGCCGACCAGCGAUGACAUCACUCACAUGCCGUACCUGAAGGCCGUCAUCAAAGAGACGCUCCGGAUGUAUCCCGUGGUGCCCGGGAAUGCACGUGUCACAGUUGAAAACGAGAUCGUCGUUGGGGAUCACCUCUUUCCAAAACAGACACUGUUCCAUCUGUGCCACUACGCCGUGUCCUACGACGAGAACAUUUUCUCAGACCCUCACAGCUUCCUGCCGGAGCGCUGGCUCCGAGGAGGCGACGAUAGGACCAGGCAGCACCCGUUCGGCUCGGUGCCGUUCGGUUUCGGGAUCAGGGCGUGUUUAGGUCGACGGGUGGCUGAGCUCGAGAUGUAUCUCCUCUUAUCCAGGUUGAUAAAACACUACGAGGUCAAGCCCGACCCGGCUGGAACCACCGUGAGGCCGAUCACCAGAACCCUCCUUUGCCCCGCGACGCCCAUCAACCUGCAGUUCCUGGACAGGAGAGCUGAGCCAGCAGCAGCUUCUCUGUGAGCUGCUUUGUAUUCACAACGUGUCCCCCCCCCCGGUCGACGAGCACUUGUUUUCCAGAGUUCACAGCACGAGCUCUGACAGGAAUGCGCCUACGGAGGAAUAAAGUACAAGCUGCCAGGACGGUGCACACUGCUAAACUGUCUGUAUGUAAAUAUGUGACUGCUUUAAACUGCAGCUGGUUUUUGUUUGUUUGUUUGUUUUAAACAAAAAGAGUUUUUAUUUCCUUCAAUUUUUUUAAGCUGCAAGAUUAUUUCUGCC